GUUAUUUGAUAGAUAAUGAAUUUUGAUUGACGUACAAGUAAAACAUGCUUAUUUUUUUAUAUUAGGUUAAUUUUUAAUUAAUAUCUUUCCAAUAUUUUUGUUAUAAAAUGGAGAUAAGUCUAGAUACAUAACAUUAGUACUGUUAUUUUUUAUUUAAUUAACAAAAUGGAUUUCGCCCGUAGACAACUGGAGAAGUAUGGCUGGACCGAUGGUAAAGGCCUAGGCAAGCACGAGAAUGGAAUUUCAGAAGCACUAAAGCCAAAAUUGAAGCGUAGUGUAACCGGAGUGGGUCAUGAUGCUGCAUCAGAUUUUACAGAACACUGGUGGAGCCAGUUGUAUGAUAAAGCUGCUGGGAAUGUGCAGGUGGAAGAAGUAAAUGGUAAAACGAAACGAAUAAAGGCAAAAGAUGCUGAUAAUUUUGAGAUAACAAACAGUACGUGGCGUUUGAGUAAGAAGAAGAAGGCGAACAAUGAUGAAGAAUAUUCAGAGUAUUUUGUUAGGAAGGCGGUCCUAACCAGUGGUGGGAGUAAGGUGGUGAAUAUCAAUGCGUCUGAUUCUGAUGAGGAAGUGGUGAAGAAAGAUGUAUUCAAAAUGACUGAUGAAGAAUUAUUCGCUGCUUGCGAAGGACGGACAGCUCAUAAAGGCGCGCGCCACGGUCUCAAAGCAGUCGGCAAAUUAGCAAGAAUAGCACAGCAGGAGGCGGCGUUAUUGAAACAGCCACAGUUCGUCGAUUAUUCUCAUAGUAGAAAAAUUGUACAAGAUUUAUCGACUACCGAAUUGAAUGUUGUUGAAAACAUGAACUUAGAAAGUGAUACAGAUAUGUCUGUGACAAGGAAAAAGAAAAAGAAAAGAAGAAAAAACAUUGUAUUAGUCAAAAUAAUUACGAGUUGGAAAAUAAUGAGUCUCCUAAAAAGGGCUUCCCUGAAAACCAUGGGAUUUCACUUGAGAAAGUUAACAAAAAUAUGGAAAUAUUUAAUAGUGUUGAUAAAGAUGCAGAUGAAAAGGUUAGUAAAAAAUCUAAGCGCAAAAAGGAAAGAACUAAUAUAGAGAAUGGUGAAAUAUGUGAAAAGGACAAUUUUGUUAAAAAAUCAAAGAAAUUUAAAACCAAGAAUUAUGAAGAUGAUACAGAGACAGUUGUUAUGGAAACAGAGCCUGUGGAAGAAGAAGAACGUAUGGACAUUUUAGAAAAUUGCAACAAAAAGAAGAAAAAGAAAAAACAUAAAAAUGUUUAAUCUGUGUAAAUAAAUGUUUUGUAAAUGACUA